AUGGACAAAGAACAAGAGUCUACUCAGUCCCAAACCGAUGUACUCAUCAUCGGUGCUGGACCAUGCGGCCUUAUGGCGGCUUACUGGAUGGCUCGCUACGGAGUCAACGCACGCAUUAUCGACAAUCGUGCCACGAAAGUCUUUCAAGGCCACGCAGACGGGCUUCGUUCGCGCACGCUGGAGUUGUUUGACAGUAUGGGUUUCCAGCAUCGUGUUAUGCAAGAGGGAUCUAUCUCCACCGAGGCGAACAUUUGGGUUCCCGGACCGGAGGGAAAGCUUGUCCGACAGGCUCAGAUUGACAUAUUUAGGGUCGAUGAGUCUCCCUUCCACAAUACAUGCUUGAACCAGGGACGCAUUGAGCGGUUCCUUCUCGAUAGUAUUCGGGAGCACUCUGAUCUUGAUGUGGAACGGAGCGUGAUCGCCGACUCUUUGGAAUACGACGAGAAACUGAGCGAUGAUCCCGACGCAUAUCCUAUCACUGUCAAGGUCAGAGUUCUUGGCGAAGAUGAUCCGAAUUCGUCGUGCGGACAGGAAACCGAAGUGGCUGGCAUCGAGGUGAACCGCAGUAACCUGCUUCCUGAUGACUGGGCCGAUCUAGCCCCGCGUAAAAAGCCACAGAAGACACAGGUCGAGACAAUCAGAGCAAAGUAUCUAAUCGGAUGUGAUGGAGCCCAUAGCUGGACCAGAAAACAGCUAAACAUCCCCGUGGAAGGGUCGAACACGGACCAUAUAUGGGGCGUGAUAGACGUAAAACCCGUCAGCGACUUCCCGGACGUCCGCCGUCUAAGCGUCGUAACCAACGCCGCAGGCACGAUCCUCGUGAUCCCACGCGAGCGCGGCCUAGUCCGCUUCUACGUCCCCGUGCAAACCUGCGAAGCGGGCGCAACCGACCGCUUUGACCGCUCGAAAAUCACAUCGGAUCUCAUCCGAGAACGUGUGCAAGCCAUCUUCGCCCCCUUCACCUUCAACUUCAAGGAAUGCAGUUGGUGGACUGUCUACCAAGUCGGACAGCGGAUCGCCACCCAAUCCACAAAAGACAACCGGAUCUUCCUUGCCGGUGAUGCGGUGCACACGCACUCACCCAAGAUGGGGCUUGGGAUGAAUAUGAGUAUGCAGGAUGGGUUUAAUGUUGGGUGGAAGGUUGCUCUUGCUGUGGCGGGUACUCUCAAGCCGAAGGUUCUUGGGACAUAUGCUUUGGAGAGACAUCCGCUUGCGGAAAUGUUGCUUGACUUCGAUCGCCAUUGGUCGCCUAUAUUUACUGAUCAGAAACCUGGAGCGGAUACGAAGGCUUCGGAUAUGGCUCUUAUUGCGGGGAAGUUUGAGGACUUUGCUGAUGGAUGGAAGGUGUUUUACCCUGCGAGCAGUCUUGUUUGGAAGAGUGAAGAUAAUGCUACAUUUCCUUUUGCGCGGCAUAUGAUUCCUGGGGAGAGGGUCCGGCCGGCAAAGCUUCGCAAUCAGGCUGGUGGUGGUACAAUAUGGACAACAAGAACGUUGGAAAGUGAUGGGCGCUUUCGCAUUCUAGUUUUGACUGGAGAUAUUCGAAACCCAACGCAGAAGCAACGCAUUGAGACUUUGACUCAGGGUUUGGCUGGACAGUCUGGAUCAAGCAGUUCGCCUUUCAACCGCUACAUGGAGAUUCCUGGUCGGUUCAAGAGUCCUGUUGAUGUCUUUACCAUCCAUGCUUCGCCGUGGAAAGAAGUAGAACUCUUUGAUUUCCCAGAGAUUCUGCGUCCAUUUGAUCCAGUGGAAGGGUGGGCAUAUGACAAGAUUUGGUGUGAUGAUGCAUGCAUGUUUGAUCGAUAUUGCGAUGGAACAGCAUAUGAGAAGUGGGGAGUUGACCGGGUUCUUGGGGCGCUGGUGGUCGUUCGCCCGGAUCAAUAUAUCGGAUGGGUGGGUGAACUUAGCGAUGUGGACGAACUGACCCGGUACUUGGAUGGGAUUCUUGUGAAGAAGUCUACAGACGAGGUUGAUCCAGUUCUCUAG